AUGCGUGAUCCCGGAAAGCGUCCGCAAAUUUGGAAUUAUCCUAUCAAUCAACAAGAUGAAAUCCGUAGAGCAUACAUAAAGUUUGGACCAUAUCAAUUUAUUAUGGAUGAGUACCCUCUUUCUGGUCUAGAAAGUCAUCCUCGUCGUUUCAAAGCUCAUUGGUUUAAGAGUUUUUCUUGGCUAGAAUAUUCGCCAGAAGUGGAUGCUGCAUUUUGUCUUCCAUGCUAUUUAUUUUCUAGAAAAUCAAGUCCAUUCACAUCAGGAGGAUUUCGUAAUUGGAAAAAAGUGAAUAAUGGAAAGGAUUGUGCAUUUUUAUCUCAUGUGGGUAAAUCUCUUAAUUCUCCUCAUAAUAUUGCUGUUAAGUCUUGUAAAGAUUUGCUUAAUCAAUUAUGUCACAUUGACAAAGUAUUGGCUAAGCAAAGCUCACAACAAGUUUUAAGCAAUAGAUUGCGUCUUAAAGCCUCUAUUGAUACUGUCAAAUGGUUAACGUUUCAAGCUUGUGCUUUUAGGGGACAUGACGAGAGUCAUGAGUCUCAGAAUCGAGGAAAUUUUCUUGAAAUGUUAAAAUUAUUAGCUUCUUACAAUAAAGAAGUAGAUGCAGUUGUUUUGGAUAAUGCUCCUCAAAAUGCAAUAUACACAUCACCUUCUAUUCAAAAGGAAAUUCUACAUGUUUUUGCUAGAAAGGUGCAAAAUGAAAUUUGCAAUGAGAUUGGUAAUGCAAAAUUUUGUUUAAUUGUUGAAGCUAGAGAUGAAUUUAGAAGAGAACAAAUGGCACUUGUUGUUAGAUUUGUUGAUAAGCAUGGAUUUGUCAAAGAAAGGCUAAUAGAUGUUGUUCAUGUCAAAGAUACUACUUCUGCUACUCUAAAACAAGAGAUUUAUUCUGCAUUAUCUCAUCACAAUCUCAACAUUCAAAAUGUUCGAGGUCAAAGGUACGACGGAGUUAGUAAUAUGCGUGGAGAGUGGAAAGGGUUACAAGCUUUAAUUAUUCAAGAAUGUCCUUAUGCAUAUUAUGUUCAUUGCUUUGCUCAUCAAUUACAGCUAGCUCUUGUUGCUGCGGCUAAAGAAGUUGUUGAUGUUCAUGCUUUUUUCCAAAGUUUGAGUAAUAUUAUCAAUGUUGUGUGCUCUUCUUGCAAACGCAAUGAUGAAUUACGAUCUGCUUAUGCAACUGAAAUUUCCCAUUUAGUUGCAACUAAUCAAAUUGAAACAGGAAGAGGAGCAAAUCAAAUUGGCACAUUAAAAAGAUCAGGAGAUACCAGGUGGAGCUCUCACUUCAACUCAAUUUGUAGCCUUUUACGUAUGUUUGGAGCAACAACUUCAGUUCUGGAAGAUUUGGCUACUAAUGGAUCUACAUAUUCUCAACGUGCAACAACUGAACGGGCCUUUUCAGCUAUGAAGAUUAUUAAAACAAGGCUUCGAAACAAGAUGGAAGAUGAAUUUUUAGCAGAUUGUAUGAUUUUUAGGCUCCUCGAGAACGUCAAGAUGGAUCAGGUGAAGCCAUUAAUAAAGAAUGAUGUUCUUACUGUCAUUGUUCCUAAGGAAGAAGUUAAGAAACCUGAUGUUAAAUCCAUUCAAAUUACUGGUUAA